AUGAACGUUGUUCCUGUGCCGGUUCCAGACGAAGCCGAGGCGGGGUCGAUCUGGCGCAGCGAGAAGCUCAAGGACUUUGUGUUCCGCCUGAGAUGCCUGGGCCUGGAGGGAGAUCCGCAGUUUGCGGACCUGGUGGGGCAGAUUGCGCAGGAGACGGAGGCGGUAGAGGAGAUUGCGGGUCGGCAGAAGGAUCCAGCCUUCCAGCGGCCCUGGUGGCAGGAUGGCGAGUACGACAGCAGCAAGGCAGACAGCGCCAACGACCGCGGCAUGGAGCUGUUUGGCGCCGGCCAGCACAGCGCCGCCUUCGACUGCUUCACAGAGGCCAUCCGGCUGAGCCCCACCAGCGCUGUGUACCACGCCAACCGCGCGGCGGCCGCCCUCAAGCUGGGCCGCCCCGCCAUUGCCGCCGCUGAUGCCGACCAGGCCGCCCAGCGGGACCCCGCCUACCUGCGGGCCCACCUGAGGGCGGGAAGGGCCAGGCUGCAGCUGCGGCAGCCAGAGCUGGCAGAGCAGAGCUUCAGGCGCGCGCUAGAGCUGGACGCCGGGUGUGGCGCUGCAGCCAGGGGCCUGGCCGAGGCUGGCCAGCUGGCGGCCGAAGCAGCGGAGCAAGCGGCAGCAGAGGUCGCAGCAGCGCAGCGAGGCAGCCGUGCAGGGCUGACGCGGGAGGCGGUUCCGGAGGAGGAGGUGGUGGCGCAGCUGUAUGCAGCGGAGCAGAUGCUGGCGGCAAACUCGCGCCUCCAGGCGGCCCGGUGUGCCCACGUGGAGGCGCUGCUGCUGUGCCAGCGGUAUGCCGAAGCUCAGGCGGGGUGCUGCAGCCUGCUGGAGGGCUCUGCAGACCGGCUGUACUUGGAGGCAGAAGUGGCGUGGCGGCAGGGCAGCCUGGCGGCUGCGGCGGGCAGUCUUCAGCGGGCGCUGCAGGUGGCGGGCAGCAGCCGCAAGUGCAGCAGCCUGCUGGCGCAUGUGUGCGAGCUGCAGGAGGUGGAGCGGCAGGGGGAGCUGGCGCUGGAGGAUGGGCUGCCGCAGGCGUGCAUCGAUGCCUGCACCAGCCUGCUGGCGCGGCUGCAGCCGCCGGCCUGCGUGGGGCUGGCCUGCGCCGUGCUGCACCGGCGGGCGGAGGCGCAGGCUGCCAGGCAGGCGUGGGAGGCAGCCAUUGCCGACCUGGAUGCAGCAUUGGCGCUGGAUGCGGGCCAUGCCGCCUGCCUGCAGCUGCGGGCAGAGGUGCACAAGCAGGCCGGCGCCUACACCGCCUGCUUUCUGGACCUGCAGCGCCUGAAGAAGGCGGCGCCCGGCCACCCCGGCCUGCCGGCUUUGCUGGAGGAGGCAGCCAAGCUGAGCCUGGGCGCCGGCGCCGACCGGCGUGCCUGCGGCGACGGCGCGGCGGCCAGGGCUGGCGGCGGCGGUGUGGUGGAGGCGGCGCUGGGUGUGCUGGGCAUCCCCGCCACCGCCACCUCAGCGCAGGCCCGCCAGGCGUACCUCAAGCUGGCCGCCCGGUGGCACCCCGACAAGUGGACCGGCGGCAGCGCGGAGGAGCAGGCGGCGGCAGAGGAUCGGUUCAAGGAGGUGCAAAAGGCUUAUGAGCUGCUGACGGCAUAG